AAAAAUGCAGUUGGGUUACACAAAUGUAGAAUGUAAAUUUGGAAUUUAUCUUAUGGAUGCAUGAGAAAUCCUCUGUUUAUUAAAGGGCAGCGAUAAAAGAGUAAAAGACUAAAGGAUCUCCUAAAACAGGUUAAUAACAGGUCACAAAUAUGAUUGAUGAUUCUGAGUGAGUUGAUUUAAUGUGUCGUCAGUCUAAUCUUACCCAGAAGGCGGAUUAAUGUUUCCAGUCAAUUCCGCUUUAGCGAAUCAACAGGAAAUUUCGUAAAAGUGAUGUCGUGAUGUUGACGCUUCUCACCGUUUGUUCUACAGCAUCGUUUUUCUCUGUCGUAUCGAUAUGGCCGUUUCAACAAGUCAGAAGAUCACCUUGAUCUCUUGCAUCGUCCUCUGUAUGUCUUUAUUCCUACCCAAAUUAUUUUUACCCAGAGUGAAGAAAGAAACAGCGCAGUCGAAGGGUCCCCUGUUAACCUCUACCAGCUCCCCGUGUGUGGCUUCAUAAUUUGGACCAGGACAUUUUCCUCCCCCACGACACAGACAUUCAUUCUCUGAAGAUCAUGAUCACUGGGACACAGACUCUCAUUACAUCAAGCAUUACAACCCAGAGGCCAUUGCCAGAGCCAAAGGUGUUGGCAAGCCGAAUCUCCUGGGCCAGGUCAUCCCCGUCUAUGGCUUUGGGAUUUUCCUUUAUAUCAUCUACUUGUUCUUUAAACUGACCUCUAAGGACAAACCUCAUCGACAAGGGUGCAGAUUCCCUAUGCUGCAGUCAGAAUACACAUUUGAAGAUAUGCCUACUUGUCAGCUGGUGCAGAUGCAGGCCAGAAUGAGUGAAAAAGCCAGAGAAAAGAGAAUAUCUAAAGUUGUCCACCCAUCUGCCAGGUCACGCAGGGGCACACGGAGGCGUGAAGAGAGAAAGCUCAAACAGUUGAAGGAGAUAACCCAAAUGAUGCGGGAGAGACAGUUACGAGAGGAAGCUUCGCCAGAGGAGGAAGCCGAGGAGGCCCCCUACACUGUAGACUGGGAAGGUUAUCCAGACGAGACCUACCCAGAGUAUGACAUUACCUCCCGUAGACGCAGAUUUCCUAGUGUUAUACUUGAAGAACCAGACCAAGUCAUACCCACAGCAGAGGAGCUUGCUGAGAGAAUGGAGAAGGAAGAAGAGGAGGAGGAAGAUGAGCCUGAUGAUGCGUGUACUAAUGAGGAAGUGAAAGUGGAGAAUAAUGAAGGAGAAAAAGAAGAUGACGACAAAGAAGAAGAAGAAGAGGAAUAUGAAGAGGAGGAGGAGGAGGAAGAUGAAGAUGAGGAGGAGGAUGAGGACGAGAUUAGAGAAGACCAGCCCUGUCUUCCUAAAAGUAUUGAUGUGGAUGAUGAGAAACUUGAGUACACAGGUGAAAACAAAGAGGAAAAGAAACCAAGCAGGAGAAGACGACAAAUCACCUUUAGCGAUCACAGACACGUCUUUCAUUAUCCAAAGGGUGGAGCUGUUGGCUGCAAGUAUGAGGAAGAGGAGGAAGAAGAACAUGAUGGAGAAGAAGAGGAGGAGGAGGAGGAUGGUGAAGGGAAUGAAGAGGAAGAAAAUGGGGAUGAUGAAGACUGUGAAGAAGAAGAGGAAGAUCAGCAUAAUGAAGACGGGCAGAGUGAGACGGAAAAGGAGGAGGAGGAUCCGCUGAUGGAGGCUGAGAGCCUGGGAUUUAAUGAUGAAGUGGAAUGUGAAUCUGAGGAACAGGAAGUAGGCCUCAUUGACUUCCUACAAACAUACCAACCUGAGGUAACCCUCAUCUCCAACAAGUCAGAGUCUACCAAAGCUCAAGCCUCUGGGACUCUUCGAAUGCGUCACAAGAAACAGAAGGUGAAGAAGUGACCAGCCUGUUAAAAUAUAUAUAUAUAUAUAUAUAUAUAUAGUCUUGUGUUCGUUUACCCUCUAGUUCAAACAUACCUUACUAUGAAUCUUUCUUGCUUUGCUUAAGGAAACUUUUCUGAGAUUUCAUUAAUCUGUUUCCAAGAACAGCUAGAGAACAUUUUAGAGUAUGUUGUGU